AUGGGGGUUAGAUCUAAUUGGUCCGAUGCCAGAGGGCAAGGGUCAGGUCAAAUAUGCUGUGUUGCCGUAGACUACUUCACCAAAUGGGUAGAAGCCAAAGCCUUAGCAACAAUAACGGCAGCCAGAAUCGAAGAUUUCGUCUGGACGAACAUUUGUUGCCGAUUCGGCAUCCCCUACGCCAUCGUCACGGAUAACGGCAGGCAGUUUGAUUCGGAAGUCUUUAGAGAAUUCUGCACCCGACUCAAGAUCAACCUGUUCUUUGCUUCGCCAGCACACCCCCAAUCGAACGGACAGGUCGAAGCCAUGAAUAAAAUUGUCAAGAAGCUAUUGAAACGGCAGCUUGACAAAGCCAAAGGAGCCUGGCCGGAGAAGCUUCCAGAGGCGUUAUGGGCCAUCCGGACAUCCUACCGAACGGCAACCGGGGAAACACCGUUCUCCAUGGCUUUCGGCUCGGAAGCGGUAGUCCCAGUAGAAAUCGGAGAGCCUUCCUACCGAACGGAAACUUUCAACCGAAAGCAAAUGAGGAGCGCUUGCCUUGAGCCUCGACCUGCUCGAAGAACGCCGAGCACAAGCCAACCUUCGGAACGAAGCUUACAAGCAACGCGUCUCUCGGUACUAUGA